GCCGGCGUGCCGCGCGGAAGAAGUCAACAUGGCCUCGGAUGACAUUUCUCAGCUGGCUGAUGCUCUGUCCAAGACUCACGUCGGGGAUGGAGAAUUGAGCUAUAAAGGCAUGGGACUUAAGCUUGACAAUGCAGAGUCAGUGGAAGAACUGGUGUGUGAAAUCAAACAGUACCAAGGUUUGAGGGCUUUGUGUCUGGAAGGUAACACUGUGGGAGUUGAGGCAGCCCAAGCCAUUGCCAAAGCUCUGGAGAGCAAAGACCAGCUGCAGAGAUGCUAUUGGAGUGACAUGUUCACUGGACGAUUGCGCUCCGAAAUCCCAAUAGCCCUGCGCUUUCUGGGCAGUGCAUUGAUGAGUGCUGGAGCCCGACUCACUGAGCUGGACCUGAGCGAUAACGCCUUCGGGCCCGAUGGCGUCAAGGGAAUCGAGCAGCUGCUGAAGAGCCCCUCCUGCCACACUUUGAGAGAGCUCCGACUCAACAACUGUGGCAUGGGUAUCGGGGGAGGCAAGAUCUUGUCUGAAGCUCUGAUGGAGUGCCACCGACAGUCAUCGGCACUGGGGACUCCUCUCCGCCUCAGAAUAUUUGUAGCAGGGAGGAAUCGCCUGGAAAAUGAAGGCGCGAGCGCCCUGGCUAAGGCCUUUCAGCUGAUGGGCAGCUUGGAGGAGGUCCACAUGCCGCAAAAUGGUAUAAACUACCCUGGAGUGACGGCGCUGGCUUCAGCAAUGCGACAUAACCCUGCACUUCGAGUUCUCAACUUCAAUGACAACACCUUCACCAAAAAGGGAACGCUGGCGAUGGCACAGGCUCUAAGACAUCUCAGAAACGUUCAGGUGAUCAACUUCGGCGACUGUCUGGUGCGUUCUGAGGGAGCCAUCGCUCUCGCUGCGGUCCUGAGAGAAGGCCUGCCGAUCCUGAAGGAACUCAAUCUGUCCUUUGGUGAGAUCACAGAGGCUGCGGCACUUGUCUUAGCUCAGGCUGUCAUGGACAAAUCUCACAUGGAGAAAGUGGAUAUGAAUGGUAAUUGCCUGGGAGAGGAGGGCUGCGAGGCUUUAAGAGAGGCCAUGGAGACCAGAGACAAAGGAGACAUGCUGGCAUCCCUCAGUGACGACGAGGGAGAGCCGGAAGACGAGGAUGAGGACGAUGGCGAUGAUGAUGAAGACGAUGAGGAGGAGGAGGAUGCCACUGGAGGCUCGAAUGACGAGAACGAUGAGUACGGUGAAAUCGUGAAGGAGAAUGGAAGGACAAAACAAGAAGACAGUCCUGUGAAAGCUCAAAGCCCCGCAGAGGUUGUGUCCUUCCUCAACUGCCCGUCUGCAGAGAAGCUGCUCCAGCUGGGAGACAUGAGAGCAGACCUGCAGCAGCAGGUCGACGCGUCCGAGCCGCACGAGGCUGCCGAUGUCUUUCUGAAAGUUGCGUCCUUGUACAGCGAAGAUCCGGAACUAAAGACGGCUGUUCUAGAGAUCACAGAUUCAGUGUUGAAGAAGCUCCUGUCUGGUUCUGCUCUCCAUUCGUACUCGUUCCUCUCCAUACUGCUGGUCAGGAUGGGACUCCUCAAGGGAGAGGGAAAAGUGAAGAAGGCGCCGCUGGCCUCAGGCCAUCUGUUGUGUUUGGAACACGCCGUCCAGCAGGAUUACUUCCCUCAGCACCACGCCUCACUGCUCCACAUCUUCCUGUCCAAGAACGACGAGGCUCUCAAGUCCUGCACCGGCGCCUCAGAGAGUCUGAGCUCCGCUCUGGAGAAGAAGAGCCGCGAGCAUCACUGAUCCCGCCAUCCAGCCGAAGCCAGGACCAACACAGGGACGCGAACACACACUGUUCUCACAUUCUUUCUUUCUUUUUUUUUCUCCCAUCAUCGAAACAAGCAGGGAAGCGUUACACUUGAACAAAAGGACAAGCAAAACCACUGAAAGUUGUAAAUUUUAAGAAGUUGUAGCAAAGGCUGUCCAGAAUGUCUUAAUCUUUAUUUUUUUACUUUUUCUUGUGACUUAUAUUUUUAUAGAAAAUAGAUACAAAUAACAA